AUGGCGGCGCUGCGGGACUGCAAGGCCUGGAAGGAUGCAGGACUUUUCCUUUCAACCACCAAUAAUGAGGCUUGUAAACUGUUCGAUGCUGCGUUGACUCAGUAUGUGACUUGGACAAACGACCACAGUCUCGGGGGCCUGGAAGGAACCCUUUCAAAACUGCAGGUUGCGGAUCCUAACUUUGUCAUGGGCAACGUGAUCGCCAACGGCCUGGUUCUGAUUGGUACCGGGAGUUCGGUGCGGCUGGACAAGAAACUGGAUGAUGCCAUCAAGAACAUGGUGUCCCUUUCACAAUCCCAGCCACUGACCGAGCGGGAGAAAUUGCACGUGUCUGCCCUGGAGCUCUUCGCUCGUGGGCAGAUCUACCGAGCCUGUGAUACGUGGGAACAAAUCCUGAUGAUCAACCCAACCGACGUGCUGGCCCUAAAAUUUGCCCACGAUGGCUAUUUCUACUUGGGGUCCCAGUAUCAAAUGAGAGACUCCAUUGCCCGGGUGUAUCGUCAUUGGACUCCAGAUAUUCCUCUUAGCAGCUACAUCAAAGGCAUGUAUGCCUUCGGCUUGGUCGAGACCAACUUCUAUGACCGUGCUGAGAAGAUGGCCUUUGAGGCUUUAGCCAUCAACUCGAGGGAUGCUUGGUCUGUCCACGCUUUGGCUCACGUGAAUGAAAUGAAAGCGGAUUUUAAUGGCGGGCUGGCGUUCAUGAAGCAAACUGAAAACAACUGGAAGGACUCUGACAUGCUUGCUUGCCAUAAUUAUUGGCACUGGGCGUUAUAUUAUAUUGAAACGGGUGAUUAUGAGGCUGCUUUGACAAUUUAUGACACCCACAUUGCUCCCAGCUUGCAGCUGAGUGGGACCAUGCUGGAUGCGGUUGACAACAGCUCCAUGCUAUAUAGGCUUGAAUUAGAAGGGGUGCAGGUGGGCGACAGGUGGGAAGCAGUAAACCAGGUGACGAAGAAACACACGCGGGACCACACCUUGAUCUUCAACGAUGCCCACUUUCUGAUGGCCUCCCUGGGUGCUCAGGAUCAAAAAACGUCCUCUGAGCUUCUCACCACUUUACAGGACCUGGUCCAGACUCCCACGGAAGACGAUCAGCUGAGCCUGGUUCCCAGUCUGGGGCUGCCUCUCCUACAGGCGUUUGUGGAGUUUGACCAAGGACAUUACGACAAGGCGGUGGAGCUGCUGUACCCCGUCCGAUACCAGGUGGUUAAAAUCGGAGGGAGCGAUGCCCAGAGAGAUGUUUUUGCCCAGUUCCUGAUUCAUGCUGCUUUAAAAUGUAAAUCUAAAGCCAACCAAAGACUUGCUAGAUGCCUCCUUCUGGAACGGGAUGAACUCAGACCAAACUCGCCACUGACUGGGCGGCUGAUGCGAAAAGCAGUAGCUCUUCAGACCCCGGGAUAAACCCAACUUUCAGGUUAAGGAAAUCGUGGCCCAACCUUGCUUAAAUCCAAGGAAUUUAUGGUGUUCUUUAGAAAACAGCAUCUGGAAGAUUUACCCUUGCUUAAUUUUGCCCCAUCUCGAUCCUAUCCUGCUUAGUUUACUGAAUGUUAGUUGCUUCUGUGCAGCUCUACAGAAAACAAAAAGGCAGCCCGAUAAAGGAGGCAUCUUGCUUGAUCUGUUGGCAAUGCUGAUUUACAAAUUCUAUUUUAAAAAAAUUAAUGGGGUACAAUUUGGGCUGCAGGGCUAUCAAAUAAACAUUUGA